AUGACUCUUGUCAUAUUGACUGGUUGCUGGCUUUUUAGCUUCGUUGCAAAUGACCAUUAUAUUUGCGAAAACGAACUACAGAAUUGCGUUGAUAAACCUGAGUCGCAGAAGAAAAGUCCUCCGCUGAAAGUGGCUUCUCCGAAAAAUCCGCUGAUUGCAGCUUACAUUGUUCGACAAGCUGAAGCUUUAGAAAGACAAAGGAAAGAUGCGGAUGCUUCACUUUUCCAUGUGAUGUAUUUGGUCAGCGUAACUUGA